AUGCCGUACAUGAAGUCAAUAUUCACUGCAGCUGCAGUUUUCUUUAUAAUCUGCGAAGUGAUUUACGGAGUAUUCAGUCAAUGUACAGCGGGCCAAUACUCCAUUAAAAAUAUGAUGCUAAGACAACACAUCUUUGAGACUUUCAAGACUUCGAGCCCGUCACAAUGUUUAAGGACUUGCGAGGAAGAUGCCAGAUGUCAGAGCUUCAAUUAUGUCAUUACUACAGACGUAUGUGAGCUCAACAACCGCACCAAAGAAGCGCGACCUGAACAUUUCACAGCCAGCAACAGCCGAUACUACUUUGGUUUAAUCGUGAAUAGAGGUAAAGAGUUUCACAGACCGUUUUGAGGCUUAACUUUGUUAUUAGCUACCUGACAUUCCCACGGGUUUCAACUUUUGACAUGGAUAGAUUAGGACGGAAAAUCCGGCGACCCCGCUGGAAAGGUUUCCUUUAAAUUAGUAAAAUUGCCAAGUUUGAAAGAUAUUAAUUGAAAACUAUCGAAAAUAUAGCUCUGCACAGAAGCGAAAUUUUACAGACGUCUGUAUGGUUGGGGUACAAUCUUGCCCCCGCCACCACUAGACAAGCUUCUGCAAAAUAGAAGACGAAUAUGACUNCCCCCCCCCCCCCCCACUACCACUAGACAAGCUUCUGCAAAAUAGAAGACGAAUAUGACUCUCAAACUUGGCAAGUUUACUAUUAAAAAGCGCUCUUACCAGUGGUGUCCAAAAAUUUUCCCUAACUGGUCCAUGAUAUAAUGGCGUAAAAAUAAAAAUAAUAAAAACUUGGGGAGGUCUAUUGAAAUAUUGCGUGGGUUAAAGUAAACCCAAACCUGAGGAUAACAGUAUUGAAGUUCGAAUGAAGCUUUUGUUUUCUGCUAAAAUUUAAAAUUUAAAAUCAAAGGUUGCGCCGAUCAACAAUAUCAAUGAGGAAAAACAUCUGAGGCUAACCAUUAGUAUACUUCCCUAAUAUUUCAGUUUUGAGUUCACCAAUGUCUAAGUACACUUUUCAAGAAAUGCCAAAAAAAAAACAAAGAAACAAAACAGAAAUUGCUGCGUUAGCUCUCUAGACUGAGACUAUAUCAUCUUUGUACUCAGUUAUCUAUAUAAAGAGUUCUUUUCUUUGAAUUUAGUCUUCAAUAAUUCAAACUCGAACCAUUCUUAGCUUGUUCGAUAAGUGCCAUUCUGGGCUUAAGGGUAAGCUAGGCUUAUGUAAAGUUACUGUUUAUUCGUGAAACAUUACACCAGAGUCUAACAGUUUAUGCCGAUCCUGAUGAUUUGAUAUAUGAUAGUCGAAAUUAAAGGCAGUUAUAAUACUGGCAUAAAAUCAAAAUCAGUUUUUGCAUUGCUAAACUCAAAACUGCUAGCUAACUUUUCAAGCCAAGGCACGUUCAGAAUGCGCAAACUGAGGAUUAAAUUGUGGAUUUGAUAGAACGUUUACAGCUUUAAUUUACAAGUGUCGCUACUGUUUUAGAGUCUAGAAACAAUAGCUAGACAUGUACAUUACACUAGCUUGUUAAAGUAUUGUAAAAUUUACCAAUGUUUUUCUCAUCAUGUCAGCCCUCCACGACAGUGACAUGUUCUUCUUAAUUUCAAACUGUAAUCAAAAAUUGUGUAGGUAAAGGAUGGAAAAGUGCUUUGAUUUUAUUCCUGCUUAUAGGCAAGGUGCGCAUUAACCCCCAGCAGUGCAGGACUAUCAAUUACUCAGAUAUGGUAAUAGGUAACGCCAAAAAAAAAUAAUCCUAUAUCUUCCAAGCAUUGAUAUUUAUAAAUCGGAUCAUAGCAACAACGUGCGCAGUUAACUGUCGGCGCAUACCUUAUGGUAUCAUAUGUGCUAAAUUUGCCUGGCCAUUUGCUGUUUUCUAGUUUCUCUCGGCUCCAUCCCUGAGUUGCCAGCAAAAUCAUGUACAGAAGUUAAGGCGAGUGAAGGCGAGCAUGCUGUCAGUGGUAAUUACUGGCUUGAUUCAGUAAUCCCAACCAAAGUUAUACUUGUUUACUGCAAUAUGAGCACAGAAGGUAGGCCGCCUUAUUUAAAACUUGAAUUGUGAAACUUUAUUUUGGUUAUCGAAUCAGUUAUCGCAAUUUCUUGUGUCAUGGUUUUAUUUCAUGCACAAAAAAGCUUAAGGUAUGAUUAUGAAGCUCAUAACGAUCUUAACUUAUUAUUCGAGAAAAGUUACUUCACUUCCUAUGAAUCAUUUGCCUCGUGUAGACCCGUAUUAUUUUCAGUGUUUCCUUUUUUCACUAACUUUCCUUCAAUUGACCUUUUCAGCUUGUGUAUUUAUGGGGAAGUGUGACGUCACGUUACUGUGGUAGCAAAAUUUCUGGAUCGUCUAUUUUAGCUUUCUUUCUUGAUAGAGACGACCAUUUGUAUUGUCGAACGAUAGAAGAAAAGUAAUUUGGCAACCGUUUUGUUCUUAAGUGCUACCAUGGCAACCAUGGCAACAUGACAUAACGACUUCUUUUUUCUAUUCAGACCAGUUCUUAAGGGAAUUUGCCUUUUAAAUGUAUUUUCCUAAAUUAAAAGUAUAUAUAUAUAUGCAGGUGGAGUUGUCUGUUUGUUCCAGAUGAAGACGAGUGUACAGCCUCUGAGCAGUUAUGUGAUUUCAAUGCCAACUGCAUCAAUACCCAUGGCUCGUACUACUGCUCCUGUUUCAGUGGCUUUUCUGGUGAUGGUAACACUUGCAUUGGUAAGGAAAACGAACGCUGCUUGAAGGAAAUACAUUUCAUUUGUUAGCAACAAUUGCUGGUUUGCACGUGACGUCACCGCUGCCAAAUUGGCGGUCAAGAAUUAAAACGUUUCUCUCCCCUGGGAACUAUAUUCCAUUUUCAUGUAAAUUCAUGGAGAAAAAUACAUUGUAUCGACCAUCAACGAGGCUGCGAACCAUGAAUUUGCAAAUUAUUUAUUUUAUUUUAUCGUUUCGAAACAAUUAAUUCAUGAGUUUUUUAAUUUAAAUGAUGCACCUUAAGUGUCUCACGACUGAACGAUCUUUUCAUACCCAGAUUUUCAUAGGCACCGGUGCAGAGCUGGUUUUAGUACACGCAUGACACAAUGGGAGGUGCACUAAAUUUUUUAUUUGCAACCACGUGACAAAGAAUUUUCUCUCGAGGAAUUUGCAUGAGAAGGGUGAUUAUUUCCCAGAGGAGAGAAAUGUUUUUGUUGUCGACCACUUACAUGGCAGCCUUGACGUCACGUGCAGACCAGUAAUAAAAGAAUUAUACGGUAAAAAAUUCUCCCUUGCACCUGGUUACCCGUAGAUUUGUGUUUAUUUUGGGUCUAAAUACGCCACUGAAUAAGUAGAUACAAAUAGCUUAUUGCCGUUCAAUUUAAUAAUAUCACGCAGACAUAGAUGAGUGUUCAAGUGGAAGUCAUGAUUGCGACAGUGAUGAGAGAGCAACCUGUACAAAUACUAUUGGUUCAUAUUUGUGUUCUUGCAUAGACGGUUAUGAAGGAGAUGGAAGGACUUGCAGUCUUCCCUACACAGGUAAACAGGGCCGAGAAAUGCAGAAUUAAAGGGGCUCUGUCACGUUAUUUGCCAACUUUUUGACAAAGCUAAAACGUGUCUUCGCAUCAAUUGAAUUCCAAAAAUAAUGGUCCUGGUUUGUUAUUUUAGACCAUAUUUAGGCACUAAAACUGUUCCCAGUCGUCUGUUUUUACGGAUUGCAAGGAUGGACCUGGAUUAAAAAUUGAAUGCUAUGCUUGUACAAAUCACCAUAACAUUAUUAUAGUCAGUUUUCUCUGAUGAAUUUUUUUUGACAUCUUCUUCACUAAGGACCUGUUUACAUGAAGGUGGGGGACCCCAGGUAGGUGAGGUAACAUAUGGCGCGUGACCUAACAUGUAAACGUGAUCAUAUUAAAAUGAGCGAUAAUAUGGACAGGCAGGUUACCCCACCUAAGCGGGUUACCUCACCUACCUGGGGUCCCCCACCUCCAAGUAAACAGGCCCUAAAUGGGGACUUUAAGAUCCAACGACGCGACGGCAACGAGAACGGCGCUUAAAAAGUCAAUUUGCGUUCUUUUAGUCUUUACAGGGAUUAUUCCUACCCACUUACUUUGUCAAAUGUAGGCGAACCCUCCUGAAGCUGAAUUUCAAGUGACCAUAUUCAAGCUCAGAGAGAGAAAUAUAAUUUCGUCGUUGCUUGUUUACGUCCUCCUUAAAAGGCAAAAUUAGGCAUUUUCACGUCGAAGUCGUGCAAAAACAGGAAAGAAAUGUACAAAAAAGCGUGAUGCACGUGCAAAUUUGUUGUUUUGCUUAUUAAACCUUUUGUUGUUUUGACGUUCUUGUUGCCGUCCGCGUUGUUGGAUCGUUAGUUCCUGAUAACUCCACAGAAGCAUCAGGAGCAUUUUGUGUCCGUAAGGUUUGAGGUACUAAGUAAUGAACUUUAGCACAGAAUUGACCUAAAACAGCAAUAGAGCGAUUUUCGUAUGACCUUGAAAAAUGGUUUCAGUAAGUGUUCGUUAUUUGUUUUAUCAGCCAAUGGAUGAAAAGAUCAAAACAUGGACUCUUCGUUUUCCCGCCAAAGAAAACCCUAAUAUGGAGAAGGUAUUGCUUGAUUGACCAUUCGUGUUGGAGCAUGACGUCAAAGCGAAGUAUCGGUUGAUUUCCAGAAAGUUCUCUGGCAUGACAUUUUUUCACCCGAGCGUUCGCUUGACCAUAAAUAACCAACCAAAAGCCACGCGCGUUUGCAUCCGUUCGAUAAACCAAUCAAAUCGUUCUAUUUCCGUUCGUUUGUUGUUUCUGUUUUGUUCGCCUGUUUUCAUUUCAAGGUCAUGCGAAAAUCGCUCUAUCCUUGAGACUUAAUAAACAAGCUGCCUAUGAGAAUCAUUUGCGCAAAUACAGAUACCUUAAUCUUAUCUUACUUGGUCCCCGCUGCCUUAAUUUAAAAUUCCCUCUAUAUUAUAUAUAAUUAGCCGCCAAUAGAGAUGUUAUUGACAAUUCGGAUAAAGAAAACUAGUUUAGAAACUAAACAUUUUUUCCAUGCUAUGGUAGAAAAAGUGAAAUCUAAACAUUUUGCUGAUUAUUAGUGCGAACACUUGGUUAAGAAAAACGGCAGUGUUUAACUUACUCAGUAUAUGGCUUAACCUUCUCAUUAGUCCUGAGGUCCGACCUGUUUCCUGACCUGACAGAACGAGAUGGCGAACAGGAAGAUCGGCAUGUGAAAUUUCAUUGAAAGACCAUGCAGUUGAAUUAGAAUUGAUAGUAUUUAUUUUUUUGGAUAUUUCUACCACGUUACUGAAAUUAUGGCUCUUUGAUUAUAACCUAGAAUGUCAAACCUACCAGACAUUGACCUCAUCUAAGAGGAAAGCGACAUGGGCCACUACCUCUGUGGAAUGUGAUAGUUCAAAAUCCGGUUGGUACCGUUUUACUGAAGGAGCGGGGAGGAAAAUGCCAACAGCGUGUGUUCCCAUAAAUAGAUGCAACACGCGUGCCACUGGUUGGUUAAACGGAAAUCACCCCACUGUGGCAGACGGACAAGUCACCAGGCAGGUCUGCUUUCACUGGAGCUCAAACUGCUGUUAUUGGUCAACCAACAUUCAAGUACGGAACUGUGGGGAGUACUUCGUUUACUUGCUGAGUGGAACACCAGGAUGCUCUCUGCGAUACUGUGGCACUGACUAG